UUUGCAGGUUUACUUUUUCUAACUAAAACUGUACACACAAGGGAGAACAGAGUGUGAGCUUCAAUGCAAGUCAUCAAAAUUAAAACCUGAGACUGUUUUUUUUUUUUUCCUCUCUAGGUGUCCUUCCAUCUGCCUGCCCUGACUGUGAAAUCCAAAAACGUCACAAGGGAAAGUACCAGCACACACCCCAACAUCUAUUUGUUUCAUGACUUUCCAUUUAUUGUCACAAUCAUGACGCAGAAUGAGAGAGUUGACCCAGGGUUUAGCUGCAUGGCUUUUCAAAUAAUGUCAGAGAAGUUAGUUAGAUGCCUCUUGUGUCUGAACAGGGAGCUCGUCAGGCAGACGUGGCUGUGACGUUCCACCGAGCGGAGCAGCCGUCAGAAGAAGCCAGGGUGUCGUCCCCGACGGAGGCUGCUGCUCUGAGCUACCACAUCUCAACGAGUUGCUCACGUCUCACCCUCCGCUGUCCCUAUUCCUCCCCUCUCUCAUACUUCACGAAGGAGAGAGGAGUGGAUUUAGAGGUUGUCAGUGCAACUAUCCUAUACCGAUUCCACAGCAACGUCCUGGUUAUUGAUGCCGCUGUUGCCUGUUCCCUGAAUGAGGCUUCAGCAGAUGGGUCUGACCUGCUGUGGACUGUCCCUUUAAUUCUUUCUCCUCUGGUCCACGGGCAGUUCAGGGACAGGGGCGUGAGGGUCGGAGUUAACGGCCAAGCUCUGAGUGAAUUUGACAUCAAAGAGAGACGAUAUAAGAUUGGCCUGCAGGAGGGGCGGCUGGAGGUCAGGAUCCCUACAGGAGCCCAAGGUGGACAUAUAAAGAGUGGUGUUGUCAGGGGACAGUACAGCCAGUCCACGUCUGUGGAUCUGUUCUUCAUGAGUGAGUGGGAGGACGAGCGCUGGCCUCUCACGCAGCAUCGCUCCUUCAGGCUCCUUAAGACUCCUCUCAUCCCUCAGUCUCCCAUCUUGACCAAAGAUACUGUUCAAUCCAAGGGAUUAUUUUCCAUCAUAUUAGGCCCCUUUGCACCCGACGUGUCCCUCCAGAAGGUGACAGUAGACAGUGGUGGUGACCUUUUAACUUGGACCCAAAGCCACCAAACACAGAGCGACACAGACCUGGCGGUGUCCAGGCUCUCCCACAGUAACGGGAGCUACUCCUACCGGCUCAGUUUCCCGUUGUCACACCCAAAAAUAAUCCCUGAGUAUAUAGGUGCUGGCUACAAAAUGUACAGCUUCACUUUCACCUUUACUCUCAACAUCUCACCCAGUAGAGAGGUGUUUUACCAUCAAGCCACCAUAGAGCAUAAUGUUGACUACACAGCUCCAGGUUCCCCCAGACUGGAGGGGAAGUGCACGGAGAGCAGCCUGCUGGUGCUGCUGCACCACGAGGCCCAGGCCGAGCUGCAGUGGGAGCUCUUCUUUGGAGCCCGCAGGCUGGACUGGGACCUGGUGGAGAUGGGUGAGUUCAUGGUGGAGGCACAGGAGGAGUACCUGACUGUGGAGAUCCCUCUCGACAGCCCUGGGAUGAAGUAUGAGGAGCUGACUUUGUCAGGUCUUGUUGUAGGAGUGGAAGUGUCUGUUGUGGAUGCAGAGUCUCUGAAAGUGCAGGACAGUCUUGUCCAUAAAUGCACUUUUCCUGCUAGAGAACUGUUAGUAUGUUUGCCAGAAGGGAGGAUGGUGGCCGUGGUCGACACCACCCACACCAUCCCGCCCACUCACCCCAACCGAACCACUCUAUUGGACCCCAGCUGCGUUCCCAUGGAGACGGACAGCGCCAGAGCUCUGUUCAGCUUCAGCCUCGACUCCUGUGGGACAACCGUCUCUACUGAGGGAAAUUUCCUGGUUUAUGAAAACCAGAUCAGCUACAGUCAAGAUUUUCUGCCUUUGGAUGAACCUGUCAUACACAGAGAUUCUCCGUACAGACUGACAAUCCAGUGUCGCUAUCCUGCAAAUGACAGCAGUACUUUUAUUAUCCAACACCCCGUGUACUCAUCUCUGGACCUUUUACCCAUGAUGCCCAGGGAAGCUACAAACACAGGUGUGUAUGUAUGUGUCUCACAUUGGACAUCAGCUACGUCAAAAACAAUUUACAUUUGACAUUUAACCUCGUCUCUUCUUCUCUGGAGUUUCAGUGUGGACUCAUUUCUCAAUCCUGCUGCUAUUCAUUCUCUGCACAUUUGUUUCUGUAUACUGGAGCUGUAAAUGAACAGUUGUGGUUUUUUUUUUUUUUUAGGUCUUUGUUCUAAAUUAUUUUAUGUCUAACUUUUUACUUUCAAGAUAAAAACUUCAUUUCUUUUUGUAAACAUUCCAUUCUGCAAAGUCAAGUUUUC